AAAACAGAGUGUGGACAUUAAUAACAUUAAUAACAGCCAUGGAGGACAAGGCUCAGAUACAAGAAGCCAUUAAAAACCAGGGAGAAGUGGUCCGGAAGUUAAAGUGUGAGAAAGCGAGCAAAGAACAGUGCUAGGGUUGCUUACCACUUUUCUCCUGUUCUUCCCGUCUGAACCUGGACCACCUCGGCCUUCCUCCCUCUUCAUCAUCAUCACCAUCGUCUACCUCACUGGACGUCCCUGCUGCUUCUUCUUCUACUGUCUGUUGGACGCUGCUGCACCAUGAUGCACUCCUGAACUUUGACCUCUCCACCUGCACACUUUUUGGACUUUUUUUUCUAUAUUUGUGUGUGUGCUGUGGAUGAACAUGCUGGGAAUGUUGUGUGUCCGUGUUUGUUCUGGUCUGGCUGGUGUUCGGACCGCAACACGCCUCCGAUGUCUGCAUUCAUCACCUGGCAUCACCGUGGCUCAGAUUGAUGAAGAGGUUGCCAAGCUGCUGGAGCUGAAGGCUCGACUAGGAGGAGAUGAUGGCAAAAAUCAGUUUGUCCUCAAGACGGCAAAGGGAACGAGGGACUACAACCCGAAGCAGAUGGCCAUCAGAGAGCAGGUCUUCAACACCAUCAUCGGCUGCUUCAAACGCCACGGAGCAGAAACCAUCGACACGCCUGUCUUUGAGCUGAAGGAAACGCUGACGGGGAAAUACGGAGAAGACUCCAAACUGAUCUACGACCUGAAGGACCAGGGAGGAGAGCUGCUGUCGCUCAGAUACGACCUCACUGUCCCGUUCGCCCGUUACCUGGCCAUGAACAAGAUCACCAACAUCAAGAGGUACCACAUCGCUAAGGUGUAUCGCCGUGACAACCCCGCCAUGACCCGAGGACGCUACAGGGAGUUCUACCAAUGCGAUUUUGACAUCGCGGGUCAGUACGACGCGAUGAUUCCAGACGCCGAGUGUCUGAAGAUCGUCCAUGAGAUCCUCAGUGAGCUGGAGCUGGGAGACUUCCGUAUCAAGGUCAACGACAGACGCAUCCUGGACGGCAUGUUCGCUGUUUGUGGCGUUCCAGACGACAAGUUCCGCACAAUCUGCUCUACAGUCGACAAACUGGACAAGAUGCCGUGGGAGGAGGUGAAGAAGGAGAUGGUGAAUGAGAAAGGUUUAUCAGAGGAGGCCGCCGACCAGAUCGGGGAGUACGUCAGCCAGCAGGGAGGGAUGGAGCUAGCAGAGCGCCUCCUCCAGGACCAGAAGAUGUCUCAGAGUAAACAGGCCUGUGCUGGUCUGACUGACAUCAAGCAGCUCUUCAGCUACCUGCAGCUCUUCCAGGUCACAGACAAGGUGGUGUUUGACCUGAGUCUGGCCCGCGGUCUGGACUACUACACAGGGAUCAUCUACGAGGCGGUGCUGACCCAGGCGGGCGUGGCCCCGGUGACCACCGAGGCCCAGAACGGGGCCCCCGCUGAGGAGAGCGUGAGCGUGGGCAGCGUGGCGGGCGGCGGGCGCUACGACGGCCUGGUCGGCAUGUUCGACCCUAAAGGAAGGAAGGUUCCCUGUGUUGGAGUCAGCAUCGGCAUCGAGAGGAUCUUCUCCAUCAUGGAGCAGAAAGCUGAGAGCUCAGCGGAGAAGGUCCGGACCACGGAGGUCCAGGUGAUGGUGGCGUCGGCUCAGAAGAACCUGCUGGAGGAGAGACUCAAACUGGUGACGGAGCUCUGGAACGCUGGGAUCAAGGCUGAGGUGAUGUACAAGAAGAACCCCAAGCUGCUGAGUCAGCUGCAGCACUGUGAGGAGUCAGGGAUCCCCCUGGUGGCCAUCCUGGGGGAGCAGGAGCUGAAGGACGGGGUGGUGAAGCUCAGGGUGGUGGCCACCAGAGAGGAGGUUGAUAUUUCCAGAGCAGAGCUGCUGGCUGAGAUCAGGAGGAGGACCUCUCAGGCCUAGACUCUCUUCUUCUACUACAGCUCCACCACGUCUUCUGAUCGCUUCAAACACUCACACACACAUUCACCGUCUGCAGAAUCUUGUACAGAAUUUCUCCUGUUGCUCUUCUGCAACAGAGCAAGAAGGCCGAACUGGAAGUGCUUCUUAAAGGAACCGUGGUCAGAGAUCCAGGGUGGAUCCCUGCCUGUGCUGUGGAUUAUGUACAUGUAUAAUAUGAGGAACAGGUCAUCAUUAUUAUUAUUAUUAUUACCGAUUAAAGUCCAAGAACUCGGAGUUCAGUUGUUCUCCAUGAAGCUGCUGAGAUCAGUUUGGUCUCCGUCAGAUUUCAGAGCAGAAAUACUCUCUGUGCAGGAUAACAGACUCUGUUGGAGACAUUUACUUCUUACUACUUCAGCUCAAUAACAUAAAGGCUCAUUAAUAAUUAAUAUCUGUAUCAAACAUGGCUGUACUGUCACGUGUCUGAAAUAAACACAUUCAUCCUUCUGCUCAA